AUGCCUUUGAUUAACAGGCCUCGGGUUGUGAUCGAUGGAGUUAGAAGAACACGAACCUAUCGUUUCUUCUGGUGUAGUCACUGUGAUCGAACAGUUAGGAUUGCAUCAGCUUCUCCCAACCCCCUACACAAUUUCUUAUGCCCACUUUGCUAUAACCUUGUAUGCCAGGAAAUCGACGUUUCAAGGAAUUCUAAUCUAUCAUCAUUUAGAGCAGGAUCCUCUGCCACUUCUGCAUCAGCUGCUCAAUUAUUAGACACAAUGGCUCAGAUCAUUAAUCUGUCUUCUCCUCGUCGUCUGACUCUGAGGCCACAAUUCACCACCCACAUAUCCUCUUCGCGACCAUUACCAAGGCCUGUAUCACCACAAGAAAAUGCACUGUCAUGGAUAGCAGAACAAGAGCCGCCUGAUCAGAUGCCUCAGAAUCAAACUGCAGAGAACAAUACUACUUCGUGUAUGACAGACGUCAGAGCAACAGCUGAUGCAUUGUGCAGUGACUCAGAAUGUCCAAUUUGCAAAGAAGACUUUGUUAUGAACCAAGAAAUAAGAAAAUUGGCCUGCAACCAUUUCUACCAUUCCGAUUGUAUUAUGUCUUGGCUUCAAAUUAACAAUACGUGUCCUGUAUGUCGUUACCAGCUCCCAUUACAGCAAGGUUCGAGUAAUAAAAAUAACAGCGUCAGAAAUAAUUUUCAAGCUGCAGAUUAUGGGCAUAAUGUUGAUGAUAGUGAUGAUGAUUAUGAUCUUCAUUUAGAGGAUAUUGUGAGCUUGAGCUGGCCAAGUUGGGCUGAGUUGAUCUCCUUGUUACGACCCUUUCGAUUUAGCUCGUUUCUUGAUUGGUCCUAG